AGUGGCGGGGUCGGCGGCAGUGACCCAGAGGGCGGCGUGGCGGCGCAUUCCUGGCGAUUUCUCCCUGAUACAGGCCGGUCGGGUCAUACCUCCGCUGCCAAACCAGCUGGGCCGCCCUGCCGGAGCGGCGGCCGGCCGAGGUACCGCCCGCAUACCUGGCGGCGCGGCCGGCGCGGCGCGCGGGCCCUUGUUGCGCGGCGGCCCGGCGGCGGCGGCCGAGUAAAACAGGUGCGCUGCGGUCGGUAGCCACCACAGGCCGCUGAGUGACCGUGCCGGGCGGAUCGGCAGACGGAGACGGAGACGGAGACGAGCGGAGAGGCACAGACGGACGGCUGACGGCUGCGGACCAGCAGCCAACCAGACUGCCACCAGCACUGCCCGUAGGGACGAGAGAACGCCCAGAAAUAACUCAGCGCCCGACGAUGCGCUCCUGUAUACUGCUGGCUCUGGUUAGCUGGGCCGCCCUGGCCGCCGCCCAGACCGACUCCUGCUCCGACGAGGACACCAACUUCGAGCUGGUGACCGGCUACGUCUACAGCGCCCCCUCCGACAUGCUCGACUCGCGGGCCGGCACGCUGAUGCUCGCAGAAUGUAUCGACAUGUGUCGGCAGAACGCCAGCUGCCAGGCGUUUAACUACGAGACCGGACUCUGUGUGCUGAUCGACUCCAACGCUGACGCCAAUGAGGACGAACCAGAGGCUCUCACCGUGUCCCAGUUCCCCGUCUUCACCAUGUACGUCCAGAAGAUGUGCUACGCCGGCGCCCCCAAGUGCAGCAGCGCGUGGGCCUUCGAGCGCGUGCAGAACUUCACCCUGGCCGGGGUGGAGAAGAAGUCAGUCCCGGCGACCAGCCGGCUGGACUGUCAGAAGGCCUGCCUCAGCGAGACCGAGUUUGUCUGCAGGUCGGCUGCGUUCACGGCAGCGGACGGCACCUGCUCCCUAUCCGACAUGGACCGGCACACGACCGCCGGCAUGGGCGUGUUCCGACCUGCCGAGGGCACCGACUACCUCGAGAACAACUGCAUCGAGGAGCCCGUGAAGCUCUGCGAGUUCCAGAAGAUCGACGGGCGCAUCCUGAAGACGGUCGACUCGGUGCACCAGGAGGUGGAGUCAAUUGAAGCGUGCCGUGAGCUCUGUCUGUCGGCCAGUUUCCGCUGCCACACGUACGACUACAACGAUACCGGGGACCAGGUGUGCCGGCUGAGCCACCACGCCGCCUCGACGCUCACCCACAUCCAGGAGCCGUACCUGGAGAUCCCCGGCUCGACCAGCUACGAGCUGAGCUCGUGCUACAACGUCACCAUCGACUGCCGCGCCGGAAACAUGGUGGCGCGCAUCCAGACCAGCAAGAUGUUCAACGGCAAGAUCUACGCCAAGGGCAACCCCAACACGUGUGUGACGGACGUGGACGGCAGUCUGCAGUUCGAGCUGUCGAUGAGCUACACCGACCUCGAGUGCGGCGUGAAGAGGGUCUCGGCCGGACAGUACCAGAACGACGUCGUGCUGCAGCACCACGACCGCAUCGUCACCUCUGCCGACCUGGGUCUCAGCGUCCACUGCCGCUACGACCUCAGCAACAAGACGGUCAGCAACGACGUCAACCUGGAGGUCAAGGGCGACAUCCAGCCGGUGCUGGAGGAGGAGGCCGUCGUCGACUCGCCGAAUGUGCUGAUGAGCAUCACGGACCCCAACGGCAGCGAGCUGCAGGCGGCCUCUGUCGGCGACCCGCUCAGCCUCCGCUUCCAGAUCAUGGACCCGAUGUCGCCCUACGAGAUCUUUGUCCGCGACCUGGUCGCCAUGGACGGCUCCAAUAGCAACGAGAUUCUGCUGAUCGACGCCAACGGCUGUCCGACCGACGAGAGCAUCCUGCAGGCGCUGCUGCGCGUCAACGGCACCAAGGACCUGGCCUCCGCCUUCGACGCCUUCAAGUUCCCCACCUCGGACGUGGUCCAGUUCCGCGCCAUGGUCACGCCGUGCCUGCCCCGCUGUGAGCCGGCCAUCUGCGAGACGCGCGACUACGCCGGCACGCUGGGCAAGACGGAGAGCUACGGCCGGCGCCGGCGCAGUCUGGACCGCGUGCGGCGCGACGCCUCCGAGGAGGAGCUGCUCGUCGUGCAGACGAUCCGCAUCGACGACAAGUACGCAGCGCGCCGGCGGACGGCGGCCGAGGAGCGUCCGAGCCUGGACGGUCCGCGGGUGGAGGCGGCCGCCGACGGGUUCUGCGUCAACACCAUGGGCCUGGUGGUGGGCAGCGCGCUCUUCCUGCUGGCUCAGCUGGCCAUUAUUGCCGCCUGGAUGUACGGCUGCCAGCGCCGGCGGCGCUCCAAGCUCGAGGAAACCUACCAGGACAACACGGCCAGCAGCCUGGCGCAGCUGUACGACACGGGCUACUCGGCGCACCGCGCCUGAGUCGCCACCCUGCCGGCCUGGGGCACUUCCCCAGGGUAUUCGACAGUGGCUCAGCCACCAGCCAACGUGCCAGCUUCCAGUACAACAGCCGGCAUGGCGGUCUCCAGUCCUGCUGUUCUCGCAGACUGAAGUAUACCGCGUGGCUCCCAAUCUGGCGCUCACCGCCAAUUCUGCCAGAUUGAAGCCAAUAUAAAUCAUUCCCGCAAAUCCAUCGGUUGCGAUGGGCAUUUUAGCAUAAUUUGGGACAACCUUGUGAAUCGAUGGCAUUAUUUUUACCCGAUCACUUUUGUGAAUAUCACCAAAGCGUGUGAGCUGAGAGUCUUGCUUGGGAAAUCGGUGUGCUGUUAGUUUUUUAUAUUCGGGAGAUAACCCAUUUACCAGUUUAUGCGCGUUCGUAUUGUCUUUGUCAGUAUUUAGACCGACAACGAAUCUCCCUGUUUGUUUCAAAUUGUAGACGGUCUCCCGUAGUCUAUAAACCGUUCUGUGUGAGUGACGGACGUCGGUCGGGCCUCAGUUCUGUGAUUGUGUGGCCUGACUGCGGUGAGCGGCAGUGUGUGAAGAGUAGGACGUGGUUAUUCAAGCCCAUCGGCCAGGCGCUGCUCCGUCCGCGCCCCGCGCGUGUCGGACCAGCCGCCUCGCACCGCUUAAAUGCACGCCCUUGUUUGUGUGCGAGCGUGAGCGUGACCGUCGAACGGGCUGCUCCUCUGUUCUGUGAGAGAGACACACUGUUAGUUGACCUCAAUACCAGUGGCAUUAUUGAUAGUGAUUUUUUGUAUUGUGUCUAUUUAUGUUCUGAACGCUGAGCUGCCGUUCAAUACAGCUGAUAAGAUAUUAUCUUA